AUGCCUGCAUACCACUCCAUUUUCCUGGAGGAUCGCGAUGUCCCCGUGAUCGGGAACUUCCCUAUCCUGCCUCUGCGCACUCGUACUCGUGGCCCCGCAUAUACUCUGCCUGCCCUGCCCCCCAACACCCUCGAUAUCGACAUCUCUCCCGACAGCGAGUCCUAUGAUUGCGUCGAUGAGAUCCUGUCCCUCUUCCGUGCCAAUGUUCUGUUCCGUAAUUUUGAGAUCAAUGGGCCUGCCGAUCGCAUGCUUAUCUACGGAACCCUGUUUGUCAGCGAGUGCCUCGGGAAGGUCAAGCCGACAAUGAGCGCUCGCGAUGCGGAGAAGGCUCUGAUUAAUGCUGCACUUGACAACUUCGCCAUUCCUGGCGAUGUGUCUUUUCCCCUGAACCAGGCCUUUGAGCCACCGCGAGACCGCCAGGAUGCGGAGAGUCUUCGGGCAUACAUUUCGCAGGUGCGACAGGAGACUGCUAUGCGGCUACAUGCUAGAUUAUACCCCGGUGGUGAGGGGCCGUCUAAGUUUUGGCUCAGCUUUACAAAGAGAAAGUUUAUGGGAAAGAGCCUUUAA